AUGAGCAGCCCCAGGAGGAGGAUAGAGACUGAUGUUAUGAAGAUGUACGAACCUGCUCUGCUUAUGAGCGACUAUGAGGUUACUCUUGUCAAUGACAACAUGUACGCGCAACCAUCCAUGACUUUCCAACUCAGAAUACUCGACUUACAAGGCACAGGCAAGAAUUCUAUGUCCGCUUCAAGGGACCCGAAGAAAGUGACCCCAUUCCAAGGCGGACUCUGGAAGAUCCACGUCGAGCUACCCGACCAAUACCCCUACAAGAGCCCAAGCAUCGGCUUCGUGAACAGGAUAUUCCACCCCAAUAUCGACGAGCUAUCCGGCUCUGUCUGCCUCGACGUCAUAAACCAGACCUGGUCGCCCAUGUUCGAUAUGAUCAAUAUCUUCGAGGUCUUCCUGCCGCAGCUCUUGCGUUACCCGAAUCCUACGGAUCCGUUGAAUGGUGAGGCUGCGUCGUUGCUUAUGCGCGAGCCGAAGACGUAUGAGGCGAAGGUCAAAGAAUACGUCUCCAAAUACGCCACUCGCGAAGCCAUCGACGACAACGGCGCCGAGUCCGACGACGAUGACGACAUGUCCUCUGUCGCCUCCUUCGGCUCCGACGACAACGACGAAGCAGCCGGCACGAUGGAGGAGCUCUAG